ACCAUCAUCAACAACAACAAUAACAUCAUUAAUAACAAAACUACAACAAUCAUUUAGUGAUGCUAUGUCAACACAGAAAACAACCGUUGAUCGAAGAAAUUUUGAAAAAACUUAUAAAAAUAUGAAUAAGGUUGUCAAACUUUGUCAACAUAGCCGAAUGAAUUUAAAAAAUUCACCACCAUUCAUAUUGGAUAUAUUACCUGAAACAUUUCAACAUUUAACAACUGUUUAUAGUAAACAUGAAGAUCGUUUAAAUAUUUUAGAUGAAAAUGAAUAUUUUCGUAUAUUUUUAGAAAAUUUAAAUAAAAAAUGUAAACAAGAUCCAAAUACAUGGAUAGAAUCAUUACAUUCAUUACCGGAUAAUAAUAAUGUUAUUAUGGAUAUUGAGGCAAAAUCGACAACGUUCAAUAAAUGGCGAAUCACAACAACAGCCACCACCAAUUCCACCAAGAAAAUCAUCACCAAUAACAACACCUAA